AUUAACAAGCAUGACAUGUUAUUUGAACUCAAGUUUUUCCUUUCAUUCUUGUCCUUGUUCCCACAGGGCAGUGAUGCACCUCUUGAACAAGAAAUCAACAGUGCAGAAGCUUACUUUGAAAGUGCGAGAGUUGAGUGUGCAAUUCAGACAUGCCCAGAACUGCUGCGAAGAGAUUUUGAGUCACUUUUUCCAGAAGUGGCUAAUAGCAAACUAAUGAUCCUGACUGUGACACAGAAAACUGAAAAUGAUAUGACUGUUUGGAGUGAAGAGGUAGAACUUGAGAGAGAGAUGCUCUUGGAAAAGUUCAUUAAUGGUGCUAAGGAAAUUUGCUAUGCUCUUCGGGCUGAAGGAUACUGGGCUGAUUUCAUUGAUCCAUCAUCUGGUUUGGCAUUUUUUGGACCAUAUACAAACAACACACUGUUUGAAACAGAUGAACGCUACCGGCAUUUAGGAUUCUCUGUUGAUGACCUUGGCUGCUGUAAAGUGAUCCGUCAUAGUCUCUGGGGUACUCAUGUGGUUGUAGGGAGCAUCUUCACUAAUGCAGCAGCAGACAGCCAUAUCAUGAGGAAGCUCAGUGGAAACUAGCCUUGCACUGUGAUGGUUGCGGCACUGCCUGUCUGUAACGGACUGCUCUGUAUACAUACAGCUGUGGACUGCAGCUUCUACAGGAUUCUUGUUUCUAGGUAUUUAUUUCAUCAUUUGUGGUUUACAUCAACAGGUGACUUGGGAUUUCAAAUUGCAAAUGCUAAUUCAUAUUCUGGAGUACAUGUUGAACACACAUUCUGCAUAAUGAGGUCAUCAACAUGUACCAGGGUAUAUAUGGUCUCUUAUUGUUAAUUCUCCCCUUUAUUGGGAAAACUUUGUUUUUUUCCAAAAAUAAAUGAUACAUUUGGCUAUGA